AAUAGUCUGACAGUAUAAAAUCAUUGUAAAAAGUGACUAGUUUGUGUUUUUUACAAAAAUGAUUUAUGAAAAUUGUGCAAUUUUGUCACCACCUUGGUCUCCGGAUCAUUUGAAGGAGGACAAUCAAAAUGAUCUUAAAAGAAAGUACGUGCCGUCCAGUUUUCAGAAUCAAGAUAUUUCCGAAAAUGAUACUGAUCUUCCGCUCAGAAAACGGCAUUGUUGUCGAUUGGACUUGGAUGAAGCAAAUAAUAGAUUAUCAGAACUUAAUAGAAUUUCAUCAGAAUUUCAAAAUAACUUAGCUGAAUCUAGUAGAUUCCAACAGCUUUCUAGUUUUGAAGAAAAUUCGUUAGAUUGUCCAGACAAAUCAAUGACUCACCAAAGAGAAUCAGUUAUAAUGCGUGUGGAUAAACAAGGCAAAUGUUUCAGAGACUCUGAUAUAAAUAGUGAUGGUGUUUUAAUUGAAUUCAGACCGCCAACGCCGCCACAAUCUGAUAAUGAAGACAAAGAAGUGCCUUUUAACGUAGUACGUUCAUUAAAAUUUAAAAUCAAAUCAAAAUUACAAAAUGAAACAACACAAAACAACUUAACCGUCAACCAUGGCGUGACUGAACCUUGCUAUACACCUGUUGUACAACAAACCAAACCUGCAGCGACAAUAAAAACUGCGCCAAAAAUUUGCGAAAAAAGACUUCUGCCUAAAUUGGCACCAAAACAAAACGUCCAACAUAUACUGGAUCCGACAUUUAUCACCCAUGCCAAUUUCCAAAUGGAGAACAGACUCUUCCCGGUUUUAUUAGUGACGCAGAAUCCUGCACAAAUGGUCAACUUGGUUGGGACAGUAGAUGUCGCCACUCCUGCUACUGAUGGUGCCAAAACUGUCGGUAAACCAGAAGACACAAGGCGAAGGAUUUAUGAAUGCCAGUAUCCUGGAUGCGGAAAAAACUACUUUAAAUCGUCUCAUCUUAAAGCACAUAAUAGGUGUCACACAGGCGAAAGGCCCUAUCGUUGUUCCUGGCCCUCGUGCACCCGUCGUUUUUCACGUUCUGAUGAAUUGUCGAGACACAGGAGGUCCCACACGGGCGAAAAGAGAUUCGCCUGCACCAUUUGCACGGCCCGAUUUAUGAGAAGUGAUCAUCUGGCAAAACAUGUUAAAAGACAUAGUAAACAAAACAAUAAUAAUAAAAUGACAGACCAGAAAUGUGUUUGA